AUGGCUUUGAGGACAGCGGUUGCUUACUGGAAAUCAAUGGCUGGUUUGCCGGGAAGUUCGAAAUUUACUACGUUGGGUGCUCCGAAGAUGAGCGCUUACGCCCCCACAGCAGACCAUUCCCUAGCCUCUGCAGAAGGCUUCAAGACCAAGUCAAAGAUGCGUGGAGAGUUCAUGGCUGUUUAUGUGUUGCUUGGCUUUAUAGCCCUGCAGAUGGGGUUCGGGGUGUUCACGGUGUUCCACCAGAUGGCCCGUGCCCCGAACGUGGCCCUGAAGAAGUCGAGAAGGGAGACUAUCCCGGAAGUUGUGGAGCCCGAGCGGGUGGCCGAGGAUGGGGAAAAGUUCAUCAAGCAGUCGUUUUUCCGCAAGAUUGCCCACAUUCAGGACUUCGACCGGCAGGAGAUCAUGGACGACCCCAUUCGUGGCGACGUUUUUGCCAGGCCCGUUCGUGUUGAGUCGUUGAAAGAUGUGGGAGUUGAGGUGAAACCUCAUUGA